UCAUGACUGACGUUAUCAUUAUUAAUCAUUAUGGCCCCCUGAAUCCCAUUGAAAAUAUCCGAAAAUAGGCCUGUCGUACCCGCAGGCACUGUUAGGACGACGAUCCCAAGGAUCCACCGCUUCUUCCAGAUUCUCGUCGGAAAAAUAAUAAUUAUGCAAGAUCAAGCUGCUCAGCGCUCAGUGCUCACUAAUAGUCAUAUCCGAUCUGAAAUGCAAGCUUCAUGCAUGCUGUCCUCCAGCAGAUGAUCAGCCUUACAUGUCUCUCGAGCACGACCUCCGACAACCUCACUGCAUUGUUGGUGUUGAUCAACCCCUCCUUGCCGCGGAAUGACCGUGGAACAUUCCUUGGGAACCUAUCUCUCGCCGACUAUGGUUCCGGCUCCCCGCUGUUCUGCAUUUUCUCUGGUUGAGCUUCGGGUCUGAAGCUUAUCCAUACAGCAUGAACGUGAGCUCCUUGAGCAGAGAUGCGGUGAACAUUGAUCGAGCUCUCCGGGCUGCUACACACUAACCCAUCUAUCGGAAACCCUUGGCUACAACGCAGAAUUACGCUGGGCUGGGAUUUCAUGAUGCCAGGAUAUGCAUAUCGGACACCGGCUUAACGCCUCUUUUAUCCUUGAUAGACUUGGGAAUACGAUUCUAUCCAUGGAGUAUACCGGAGGAGAUUAAGGGGUCUUAUCAUUCUGUAUGGUGCGUGGAUUCAUGAUGUAAAGAGGGUAUCAGGGGCGGAUGGUCAUCGAUUUGGUAACUAAAGAAAAGGUACCUGUACCUUAGAUUGAUCAGUCGCCAGAUGCUUCGACAUUAUGGACAUCUUCAUCGACGUUCAGUACUUGGGCUCCCGUAUAUGCUCUGUACACGGAAUGAUUCUGAGAUUGCACCAUCCCUACAACCUCACGCAUCAUUGUUCCACUCAAACAUCCAGGGAUGAUACCAAAACACCGGGGACCCUUAUCAUUGUGUGAUAUGUUUGAUUAAAACUCUCGGCAUCAGCGAUAACCCACCAAAACGGCAAAGUCACCCCGCGCCAUUGCUGGCAAUACUGCUGAUCCGCCGGCUAUCCGUUAGAAUGAGGUGGCAUCCAAGACAUCAGGGAAUCACAAUUUAUGAUCAUUCAGGAUAUACAAUGUUCAACGCAGAUGGCCCCAGCUCAAUCCUAUUUAUCGAUAAGUAAGUUUGUUUCCCCCCUUUUCACGUUGCUCCGGCUUGAUUUAUUCUUGACCUCGGCUUCCCAGCUUCGUCUGUUCCACUGCACCCGUUUGGAUCGAUCUGUAGUAGGAUCUCUGGUAUUCUGAAAGAGACGAGCAUUAUGCGGCUCUUUCGUGCUCUGGGUGCGGCCGUUUCGCUGGCGUGCGCCGCGAACGCGGUGUCCGAACCUAUCCUCCACGAUAAACGGUCGUUUGUCGAACGCGAUGGAGUCAAUUAUACGGUCUUCGAGCACGCGGCAACCGGUGCACGGUUGGAAUUCGUUAAGAAUUCGGGUAUCUGUGAAACGACGCCCGGGGUUAAUCAGUAUUCCGGGUACUUGUCUGUUGGGACGAAUAUGAACAUGUGGUUCUGGUUCUUCGAAUCGCGUAGCAACCCUUCUACGGACCCGCUGGUCGCUUGGUUCAAUGGCGGCCCUGGCUGUUCGUCGAUGAUCGGUCUGUUUCAGGAGAACGGGCCGUGCCGUUUCGUCAAUAACGAGACCACUCCGUCAUUGAACCCAUAUAGCUUUAAUGAAGUUGCGAACGUCGUGUAUAUUGAUCAGCCCAUUGGAGUUGGUUUCUCCUACGGCACCGAUACUGUGACGAGUACGGAUUCGGCGGCUCCGUAUGUGUGGAAGCUGCUGCAGGCGUUCUUCACACGGUUCCCGGAGUAUGAGAGUCGGGAGUUCGCCAUCUUUACCGAGUCGUAUGGUGGGCACUACGGUCCAGAAUUUGCACACUACAUCCAGCAGCAGAAUGAGGGCAUCAAAAGGGGCUUGGUCAAGGGCGAAGAGAUCAACCUGGUUGCGCUGGGCAUCAACAACGGCUGGUUCGAUUCGGGCAUCCAGGAGAAGGCCUACGCCGAUUUCGCCUACAACAAUAACUAUCGGAGACUGAUCAACGAGUCGCAGUACGAGUCGUUCCUCGCGGCAUACUAUACCAAAUGUUUACCGGCAGUUCAAUUGUGCAAUCUCCUGCGCACCAACGAGGCGUGCGAGAACGCGGAUAACAUUUGCGGAAGCAAUAUCGACAACCCGAUCAGCGAAGCGGCCGACUUUGAUGUCUAUGAUGUUCGCUCGCCUGCUGAAGAUCCGAACCCGCCCAGCACAUAUUCAUCCUACCUGCAGCAGGAGGGGGUGGUGAAAGCCAUUGGUGCGAGGGUACAGUACCAGGAAUGUCCUGAUGCUCCUUACGAUAAAUUCAGCAAGACGGGAGACAACUCCCGUACCUUCUUGCCGACUCUUUCACAAGUUGUGCGAACCGGUAUCCAGGUGCUCAUCUGGGCGGGCGACGCAGACUGGAUCUGCAACUGGCUCGGCGUGCAAGAUGUUGUUAACGCCGUUGCGUUCCCCGGUACGCUAGAAUUCCGCAGAAAACCGUUAGUCCCGUACACGGUCGGCGGAGAGGCGAAGGGUACCUUUAAGGCUGUGGACAAUCUCAGCUUCCUAAGAGUGUUCGAAGCGGGCCAUGAAGUUCCAUUUUACCAACCGGAGCUUUCUCUGCAGGUGUUCAACCAGACACUCAGCAAGAAGGCAAUUUUCUCUACUUGAGAUGCAUGCCCCGUUUCAGACGGUAGAAUGUUGGGAGAGACUGUACGUACACUGUAUGAAAACUCUAUGUACAUAGUAGAGUCGCAAUGGUGAUAAGGUAGCGAUGGUACCGUUGUAUCGAACAAUCCAAGCAGCUAAUACUAAUGUCUUGGCGCUGCCGUGAACCAUGGAUGCUUGGCGCCCCGAUAGAUAAUAUCCCGGUGUCCUACGGACUACGGCGUAAUAAGGAUAAACAGAAGAUGGAAGGAAACUGCUAUCGAUCGUAUCGCGGCUGGCGCUUACCUGAUCGGGCCUAGAGGCACGCCACGGUGAGAAGUCAAUCCUUCAAACUUAAUCAACAUCUGCCCCUGCAGUUGCAGUUUCUCGCGUGUCCCUGAAUGAUUCCGAAUAGGACAUAUAUAUCAUGAGAGCAACAGCAGAUGUCUGCUGUGCUUUAUCAUCUCUCUGCAAACUGCAGACGUCCGAGAACAACGUAAAGAUCGG